CAAAUUCUGUCUUCCCCUUCCUCUCCUCCGGCUGCCCAUAGUUUUCCUUCCUCGAUCUCGUCUCUCUCUAAAAUAAUAUUUCUUCUUCUAUAUAUAAGGAGAGAGAGAGGCGUAUAUAUACAUACAUACAGGCCUAUAUAUACAUAUAGGCUUUGAGGUUUUCCGAGGAGGGAGGGUUUUCUGAAGUUCAUUGAAAUGUCGCCGAGCAUGAGGGACGUGCAGAUGACGGCGACGAACGGAGAUUCGUCGGAGGAUUUCGGCGACUGUGAGGAGGUACGGCUACUGGAUUCUUACGACGAGGAGAAUUCCGGUGAGAAUUUGAGGAGAAUUCAGGUUAGAGUCACGGGAAUGACGUGCGCCGCCUGCUCCACCUCCGUCGAAGGAGCUCUCAUGUCCUUAAACGGAGUCGUUAAGGCUUCCGUUGCUCUUCUUCAGAAUAAAGCUGAUGUGGUUUUCGAUCCUCACGUGGUCAAGGAUAAAGAUAUUGAGAAUGCCAUAGAAGAUGCAGGAUUUGAGGCAGAGGUUCUAGCUGAACCCAAUGCAUCUCAUGCCAACACAAACGGAACAGUGUCAGGACAGUUCAUGAUAGGUGGUAUGACAUGUGCAGCAUGUGUAAACUCUGUUGAAGGUAUCCUGAGAGGUCUUCCAGGCGUCAAAAGAGCAGUAGUUGCUUUGGCUACAUCAGUGGGGGAGGUUGAAUAUGAUCCAACUGUUAUCAGUAAAAAUGACAUUGUCAAUGCAAUUGAAGAUGCUGGUUUUGAAGGUUCAUUGGUGCAGAGUAGUGCACAGGAUAAAAUCAUACUAGGAGUUGUUGGAAUUUCUGGUGAAAUGGAUAUGAAAUUGUUAGAAGGCAUUUUGUCUAAGUUGCACGGAGUGAGACACUUUUUUUAUAACCCCACAUCAAGAGAGCUAGAAGUUGUCUUUGAUCCUGAGGUUCUUGGUUCAAGAUCUGUAGUUGAUGGCAUUAAUGGGGGAAGUGGGGGCAAAUUUACAUUACAUGUUAAGAAUCCUUAUACAAGAAUGGCUUCUAGAGAUAUUGAAGAAUCCUCAAGCAUGCUUCGCCUUUUCACAGCAAGCUUAUUGCUUAGUGUUCCUGUACUUCUGAUGCGUGUAGUCUGCCCCCACAUUCCUUUGAUCUAUGCUAUACUACUUCGACGCUGUGGUCCCUUCAAAAUGGAUGAUUGGCUGAAGUGGGCCUUGGUGACUGUUGUUCAAUUUGUUAUUGGUAAGCGCUUCUAUGUUGCAGCUGGAAGAGCACUUCGAAAUGGCUCAACAAACAUGGAUGUCCUAGUUGUGUUGGGAACUACAGCGUCAUAUGUUUACUCAGUAUGUGCACUACUUUAUGGUGCAAUUGAAGGAUAUUGGCCCCCAACUUACUUUGAAACAAGUGCUAUGUUAAUCACAUUUGUGCUCCUGGGGAAGUACUUGGAGACUAUGGCUAAGGGAAAGACAUCAGAUGCUAUCAAAAAGCUUGUAGAGCUUACACCAGCAACAGCUAUAUUGCUUGCCAAAGACAAAGGUGGAAAAAUUGUGGAAGAAAGAGAAAUAGAUGCAUUGUUGAUUCAACCUGGUGAUAUAUUAAAAGUACUUCCCGGUACAAAAGUUCCUGUUGAUGGUGCAGUUGUAUGGGGCUCAAGCUAUGUCAAUGAGAGUAUGGUCACUGGUGAAUCUGUCCCUGUUUCAAAAGAGAUCAGUUCUUCAGUUAUUGGAGGUACAAUAAAUUUACAUGGUGUGCUUCACAUACAGGCCACCAAAGUUGGGUCUAGCACAGUUUUGAGUCAGAUUAUAUCUCUGGUUGAGACUGCGCAGAUGUCAAAAGCGCCUAUUCAGAAGUUUGCUGAUUAUGUGAGUACUUUUUCCUAUAUUGCAGACCAAAACUCCGAUUUUUUAUUCCACAUUGUGUGUUUUUGCUUAUACUGCUUGGCUGCUUGCCUUAUUUCAGAUGUCUUAUUUUGGGUAUUUUAUGACUUACAGAUUGCAAGCAUUUUUGUUCCUGCAGUUGUUACUCUUUCAUUGCUGACAUUCUUAGGAUGGUAUCUUGCUGGGGCUGUUGGAGCCUAUCCAAAAGAAUGGUUACCUGAACAUGGCAAUUAUUUUGUUUUUGCACUCAUGUUUGCAAUAUCAGUUGUGGUAAUUGCUUGCCCAUGUGCACUUGGUUUGGCAACCCCAACUGCUGUUAUGGUUGCAACUGGAGUUGGUGCCAAUAAUGGCGUGUUAAUAAAAGGAGGUGAUGCAUUAGAGAGGGCACAGAAGAUUCAACAUGUAAUAUUUGAUAAGACAGGCACUCUAACCCAGGGUAAAGCAACCAUCACAACUGCAAAAGUUUUCACAGGAAUGGAUAAAGGAGAAUUCCUUACAUUGGUAGCUUCUGCAGAGGCUAGCAGUGAACACCCAUUGGGUCAAGCAAUAUUGGAAUAUGCCCGCCAUUUCCAUUUCUUUGAUGAACCUUCAAAUACCAACGAUACACAAAGUCAUGGAGCGAAGUCCAAGUUCUCUGGAUGGCUGCAUGAUGUCUCAGAUUUCUCUGCAUUGCCUGGAAGAGGUGUACAGUGCUUCAUUGGCGGAAAAAUGGUUUUGGUUGGUAACCGGAAGCUACUGACUGAAAAUGGAAUAAGUAUAUCAAAAGACGUAGAAAAUUUCGUUGUAGAAUUGGAAGAAAGUGCAAAGACUGGCAUUUUGGUAGCCUAUGACAAUGUUGUAAUAGGUGUCAUGGGGAUAGCAGACCCUCUAAAGAGAGAAGCUGCUGUUGUUGUGGAAGGCCUUAUGAAAAUGGGCGUCAAUCCUGUCAUGGUCACCGGCGAUAACUGGAGAACAGCUCGAGCUGUUGCAAAGGAGGUUGGUAUUCAAGAUGUUAGAGCAGAAGUGAUGCCAGCAGGAAAAGCAGACGUAGUUCGCUCAUUCCAGAAGGGAGGAAGUGUGGUCGCAAUGGUGGGAGACGGUAUCAACGACUCUCCUGCAUUAGCUGCUGCUGACGUCGGGAUGGCAAUCGGGGCCGGAACGGACAUCGCAAUCGAAGCUGCAGAGUACAUACUGAUGAGGAGCAACUUGGAGGAUGUCAUUACCGCCAUCGAUCUCUCGAGAAAGACCAUAGGCCGCAUCAGGUUGAACUACGUAUUCGCCAUGGCCUACAACGUGGUCGCCAUCCCCAUAGCGGCAGGUGCGUUCUUUCCUCUGGUAAAAGUGGAGAUGCCGCCGUGGGUGGCUGGUGCAUGCAUGGCCAUGUCUUCUGUUAGUGUUGUGUGCUCUUCUCUGCUUCUCAAGAGAUACAAAAAACCAAGACUUACCACAAUACUGGAAAUCACUGUAGAGUAGGAUCAUUGGAGCAAAAUUGAUUAUAAAAUGUUGAAAAACACCAACAAAAAAAAAAAAAGAUUUCCAUUUUACCCUCAUUCCUUUCUUAGGUACUUAAGGUGUAUAGUCAGUUGUCUUCCUAAUGUAUAUUUUGUAUCCCUUGUAAGAAAAGAUGAAAUUGAGAACUGAUUGGGAGGAAUUAAGCCUAACCCAGCAAGAGUUGGCAGUUUUUUGAAGUUAAUAAAACAUAAAUAUAGAUUAACUUCGGCUUAA